AUGGCCCCCAAGGCAGCAGACAAGAAGCCCGCCAGCAAGGCCCCCGCCACUGCCAGCAAGGCUCCCGAGAAGAAGGAUGCCGGCAAGAAGACCGCCGCAUCUGGCGACAAGAAGAAGCGCACCAAGACUCGCAAGGAGACAUACAGCUCCUACAUCUACAAGGUUCUCAAGCAGGUCCACCCCGACACCGGUAUCUCCAACCGCGCCAUGUCAAUCCUGAACUCGUUCGUCAACGACAUUUUCGAGCGCGUCGCUACCGAGGCAUCCAAGCUCGCUGCAUACAACAAGAAGUCCACCAUAUCCUCUAGGGAAAUCCAGACAUCUGUGCGCCUGAUCCUUCCCGGCGAGCUGGCCAAGCACGCCGUGUCUGAGGGUACCAAGGCCGUCACCAAGUACUCCUCCUCCACGAAAUAA